AUGGAUACGAAUAGAGAUAAUCAGCAGAAAGAAGAAACACAGGAUGGGGAAAAGGAUGACGACGAGGACGCACAAGCAGAAAAUAAACACCAAACGGAGAGAACUAACGCAUGUCCAUCUCCAACUGAUAGCUUAGAUCGUGCCAGCGAAUCGGAAAAAGACACAGACACCGAGGAUGAUGAAGAUAGUUUGCACGUUGUGUCCAGCGUAAGAGAGCUAAAACCUCCGCUGGCUGUAGUAAUUCUAGAGGGCACACACACAACAAGCACGACCACGGAAACGUUGGCGAGUAUGACUAGCACUGCGAGAAUGCAAAAUUACGUAAACUUCGAGGAGAUAGUUGAAGAACUCGACAUACACACGCCAUCCACGAGUCAAGUGGUGGACAAUGUGAGGGAGUAUGUUAAGCAGAUCGAAAGUCGGUUGGAGGAUGAAGAAACCACUGUGUGCAACUCACCGCGACAUGCAACAUCACCACAGCCCAGCGCUGUACAAAUUGUAGAGCUUCCAAGAGAAACGCUUACAUUGGCGACCAUCAAAGGCGCAUCGCAGCCGAUCUUUACCGACAAACCAAGCGAGGAGAGCGAAAUCGAACGCACCGCAAAUAACGAAGUAGAACGCAUUGUAGCUGAGAAUUUAACGCCAACUGCUAUGCGCGAACGACCCGAUUUUCAUCAGGUGGAGCGCGAAAAUCAAGAGAUCGCCGAGCGUUUUAAGCAAAUCAUGGAAAUGUUUGACAGUUUCACCAAAAAUCUCGAAAGUCUUGAAAUGCCAGCUAUAAAAACCGCAGAGAAAAAAGAAGCGGAAAAGUCAGCGUUGCCAUUGCGCAGGCGCCUAAGCUUCAAGGGUUUACACAGCGCUGAGUUGGCUGCGGCCGAACAUGCCGGCGGCGUGAGCAGCAGUAAUGUGUAUAACGAGUUCUGUGUAGAAGUGCAUGGCGAUCGCAAAGAUAAUGCUGCGUUAGCCGCAGCGAAAGAAACCACGACGAAGCAAAGUCUUGCGCACAAAUUCUACCACCAAUCUAGUGCCGGUAGUAGCGCGCAACCGCGAAAGACUGAAGCCGCUUUGGAUCCAAUGUGUCGCGACAUAGCCACCACAGUCAGUGGCCUGGAGUUGCUCAGUGAAGAGCCACAACCGUGGUCGCACACCACAAAACCGCGUGCGUUGAAGCUAGGCGCACAAGACACGCAAAGUUUCACGACCAUCGGUUGUCAAACAUCUGCCGACUACUUGCAAGCGCAAGCGACUUCCUCAGCCAGCACGUCCUUUUGCAAUUUACCAUCAUUUUCGAAAGACUACUCACCGACUGAUGAUGGCAUUGUCAAUGCGCUCAUUAUUGAUAGCAUAACUGAAGCAUCCACCAGCUCGAACGCAGCAGCUGACAUCCGCUUAUUCACGGAUGUCACUGGCGACAGCGACGUUACUGUCAUAAAAGCGCAGCGUAAAAUUAUUGCCACAUCCGAUCAGUCGGCAUUGGUGAAGAUACGCGAACCCCCUACAAUAGUUAAUUUACCGGAUGAUACGAACGCGCCGCGCGUCACCUCCGUUGUCAACGAUGCCACACCGAUCGAUGCGCCCUGCGAACGCACCUACCACACCAUACACAUCGAGGCCAACUCCACGCCCUCGUCGAGUGAGUUGCGUCGCGCGCCAUUAUGCUCUCGCCUCUGGAAUGUUUUUACCGAUUUCUGUGCCGCUGUCUGCCUCUGUCUACAGGUUAAUAAGGAUUGUCUUUUCUGUUUGGGUUUCUUUAUUGCAUUCGUUGUAAGCGCUUCAUUUUUGACGGCUUUCUUCUAUCGUACCUUGAGCAUUAAUCCACAUCUAGUUCAAGUGCCAGUAGCACCGCCACACAUCGCCGGCCAUGUGAACGCUUUGCAAAAUAUGCAAAGUGAUCACCCUUUGUAA